UGCUGAGAACAUUGACACUAGUAUUUUCUGUAGUUGAGAACAAAGUGCUAAUCAACGAAGAGCGUAUUGGUGAAUGAGUAAUAACUUAGUCAUACCUUGUGUAAAAGCCUUUGAAGAGUGAUAAAACCUAGUGGAAUCAAUUCAUCGUUCGCAAAUUUGAUAACAAAGUAAGUUUAGGAUUGUACUUAACAGUACUUAAGAGACUGAUGUACUUAAACGUGGCAGCGAGACAUUCUCAGAUUGAUGAGCGAUGAGCGGGCAAAAAUUCCAAUAUGAUGAGAGCGGCGGAACGUUUUUCUACUUUUUAUUAUCAUUUUUGGCACUCAUACUUGUCCCCGGAACAUACUACCUGUGGCCACGUUGUCUAAAACCAGAUGCCGAACAAUUAGCUAGAGAAUGUCAUUGUUCAGGAUGUAAAAAAAAGAAGGAAAUUUUAUCCUCAAAUGAUCGUUGGAAAUCAACCAGAGCAUGGUUAUUAAAAAUUUUUAUUAUUUUAUGCUGGAUUGCUCUUGCAUUUUUGGCGUAUAAAGUAUCUCAAUAUGAUGCCGAAAUGGCCAAUUUUGAUCCUUAUGAGAUCUUGGGAGUUUCAUCGACCGCGUCGGAAAGGGAAAUUAAACGAGCUUACCGUAAGCUCUCUCUUAUUCUCCAUCCAGAUAAAGAAACAGGAGAUGAAAAAGCUUUCAUGAAGUUAACGAAAGCUUAUCAGGCAUUAACUGAUGAUGAAGCUCGUAAAAAUUGGGAAAGAUACGGAAAUCCUGAUGGUCCUGGAGCCAUGAGCUUUGGAAUAGCUUUACCAUCAUGGAUCGUUGAAAAGAAAAAUUCCGUAUGGGUUCUAGGAUUGUACGCAAUGGUGUUCAUGGUUGCUCUUCCCACUGUCGUUGGAAUGUGGUGGUAUAAGAGUAUUCGGUACACAGGCGACCAAGUACUGUUAGCAACUACUAAAAUAUAUUACGCAUUUUUUAACUCUCAACGGCUAACGACACUAAAAAGAGUCAUUAUGAUUCUUGGAGCGUCAAGUGAAUUUUCUAAAGAUUCAAACCCCGAAGUUGUCGUACGGCAAUCUGAUAAUGAAGAAGUUCCUUCAUUGAUGAAGAAACUAAAUAAUUUAGGUGAAAAAAAUAAGGAAUUUCCGUUAUGUUGUAAUUAUUCUUUAAAAGCCAGAGCAAUUAUUUAUGCACACCUAUCAAGGAUUCCAUUAAACCCAAAAACAUUGGAACAGGAUCGACAAUAUAUUAUUAAAAAAUGUCCCUACCUCAUUCAAGAGAUGAUUAUGUGUGUCAACCAAUUAAUUUUUCUAGCUUAUAGUGGCAGACUUGCCAAUCUGCCAACAAUAGAAACCGUAGAAAAUUGCAUGAAAUUGAGUCCAAUGAUAGUCCAAGGAUUUUGGGAAUUUAUCAAUCCUCUUCUUCAGUUACCUCACAUUGAAGAAGAACAUUUAAAACAUUUCUUAGGCAAGAAAAGAAAAAUCAAAACUCUCCAGCAACUUGCUCAAUUGAAAGGGGAUGAAAGAAGACAAAUUCUGCGUAAUUUAACUGAUGAACAAUACGAAGAUGUUAUAAGAGUCCUCGGCAGUAUGCCAUACGUUGAAUUCAAAGUGCAAUCAGAAGUUGAUGAUGAUGAUAAUCCUACGGUAUAUACAGCCGAGGCAGUAGUAACAGUAACUGUUACAUUAAUACGCAAAGAUAUGCGUUAUUUAUUUGGGGAUGAGACUGUAAAAGAAAAAACCAUCGAAGAUGACGAUGAGAAAGAUAGCAGCAAUGAAGAUACUGCUGCAGAACCACCGCCAAUGAAAGAGCCAUCUUGGCGAAAACAGAAGAAAGGUACAAAAAAAACUCGCAAUAAAAAGCAACGAGUUACGAAAAAAGCUCCUGUUACAAAGUCAGGAAGAGCUGAAAAAUCUCCAAAUCCCAAAGAUGGAGUUACAGAGAAUGAUAAAAAUAAAAAAGUAGAUAAAGUUAGCAAAGAUAAUGGAUCGAAUGCCAGUGAUAGCGAAGCAGAGAGUGAAAAAAGUGAAGAAGAAAAGGAAGAGAAAGAGGAACCAGAAGAUAAAAAACAGUCGUUUGAUGAUGACGAUGCCGAAUGGGAAAAAUUCCAACAGAGGAUGAACAAAAGGGAAAAGGUUUUAGAGGGCCGUAGUAAUUUAUCACAUGAAGUGCAUUGUCCUCUAUUUCCGGACGUGAAACAAGAAUAUUGGUGGGUGUAUAUAUGUGAUCGCAAGUCGCACACGUUAAUUACAACACCAGUACACAUUACAUCUUUGGUUGACAAAGAGGAAGUUCAACUACGCUUUACUGCACCCAGUUGGCCUCGAUUAUAUACGUUCUCGGUCUGUUUAAGAAGUGAUUCUUACUUUGGCUUCUAUCAGACUCAAGACAUUAAGUUGGAUGUGAAAGAAGCACCAGCUGUUCCAACUCAACAUCCUCAGUGGGAUAUUUCUGAUGAAGAGACUGCAGAAGAAAUAGAUGCACGUGAUGAACAUUCCGAAUAUACUACAGAUGAAGAUGUUAGCGAUAAUGAAUAAAUGAAAAGACCAUUUCUCUCUA